GUAAAACUAAGCUCACGACUAUAAUGCUUCAGCAGCAAUCUAGACACAGUUUAGUUUUUGGUGCGCCCUUCAGCAGUGAAGUCGAAAAGUGAUGAAUAGUUACAUAAUGUGAAUUCACAACCGAGAAUACGUGAUUGAGGCACAUAUUCUAAACGUUUAUCAUAUUAUCGUGAAUCCGACGACACGAUGAACACCUUAAUUAAAUUUGCACAUCCAGUAGGAAAACAGUGGAGGCUGUAUGGCACCGGAAAUGAAGGUUUAGCUCAGACGGCUAGGGUUGUGAUUGCUGGCGCCGGAUUGUUAGGCAAUUCUGUAGCUUAUCACCUCACCGAGAAUGGAUGGACCAACGUGGUAGUACUAGAUCAGCACAUAAUCGGAAGCGGUACGUCUGACUUCGGGUCUGGCACGAUAGGCUUGUUCAAGCCUACGCCUGAACGAAACAUCAUUAAAGAGAGCCUUAAAUUAUAUGAAGACCUGCAGAAUGCUGGCCAUCAGAUAGGUUUGAAAAAGUGCGGUGGCAUCAAUUUGGCUCAGACACACGACCGAGUUAUCGCACUGAAAAGAAGAAUUGCGUAUAACCUUCCCACAGGGUUGUUCUGCGAAUUCAUCGAUGCAGAGCAAGUUAAGAAAUUACACCCUCUGGUGAAUGUAGACGACAUUCAGGGAGCGGUGUACGUACCGGAUGAUUGCGUUGCUGAACCCGCAAGCGUACUGCAAGUUCUUGCCGGCCUUGCAAAACAGAAAGGAGUCAAAUAUUUCGAAGGAUGUGAAGUCAUGCAUGUCAACACAAAAGGAGGUCGCGUAUAUAGUGUCGAAACUGAUAUAGGCACCAUACAAUGUGAAUACUUCAUCAACUGCAGUGGAAUGUGGGCACGCGAGCUUGGACUGAAAUGCAAGAGACCGGUUUGUAUUCCAGCAUACCCAGCGCAACACUUUUACGGACUUACCACGAAUUUGAACCUUCCGACAAAGCAUCUUCUACCGUGUGUAAGAGACUACGAUGCGCAUCUCUAUGCAAGGCAAAUCGAUGGAGAAAUUUUAGUGGGUUGGUUCGAAAAAGAAGCCAAGCCAGCCUUCGAUAGUAUUAACGAUAUCCCAAAAGAAUGGAAACCACACCUGGAUCAAAGCAUGGCUAGUCACUGUGGACCGUUGUGGGAAAAAGCAGUAGAUAGAAUACCGCUAUUGAACAAAAUAGGUCAACCAAAGCUAACAAAUAGUCCAGAUACGUUCACACCGGAUGGCAGGUGGAUAUUUGGCGAAGCUGCCGAAGUGAAAAACUAUUUCGUGGCCUGUGGAAUGAAUGGUAACCCACUGCAAGGUUCUGGUGGCAUCGGUAAGGCCUUAGCCGAAUGGAUUGUUUCCGGGACGCCAACAAUCGAGAUGCUACCAUUCAACAUACAACGAUUUUUACACCUGCACAACAAUCGUCAAUACCUGCAGCAACGUAUUAGAGAAGUUGUUGGUCGUCAGUACGCCAUCCUUUAUCCGAACCAAAGCGAGUACAAAUACUCGAGGAAGCUAAGAUGCUCUCCGUUGUACAGUGUUUUAGAGCAGAGAGGAGCAGUGUUCGGAACAAAGAUGGCUUACGAAAGGGCACUCUACUUCGAUACAGAUUAUACACGCGGAGGAGAACUACCAACCAUGCCAACAGGUAGCUUUUACAAGCCAAAAUUCUUUCACUUUAUGGAAAAAGAAUACAUAGCAUGUGCGCAGCACGUCGGUAUUAUCGAUAUUUCGUCUUUUUCUAAAAUUGAAAUUAAGCCGGGAGUACAUAACGACGGUGACAAAAACAAUGUUUUAGAUUAUCUACAAAAAAUGUGCGCCAACGACGUUGACAUUGAAACAUCUCACAUCGUGCACACGGGAAUGUUGAAUGAGCGUGGUGGUUACGAGAACGACUGCAUGUUGAUUCGGCAAAAUGUGGACCACUUCUUCAUGAUAUCGCCGUCCUCUCAGCAGACCAGAAUAUACGAAUGGAUGUCACGGAAUCUUCCAAAAGACGCCAGCGUUAAGCUGAAUGACGUCACAUCUAUGUAUACGGUGCUAAACGUAGUGGGACCCAAGUCAACGCAGUUGAUGAGUGAACUAUCGAACUCCAACGUAAAGUUACAGCCAUUCACUUAUCGGAAACUGAAUAUUGGCUAUGCUAGCGAUGUAAUGAUUAUGACAUUCACACAUACCGGCAUGCCUGGCUAUUGUUUGUAUAUUCCUUCCGAAUAUGCAUUGCACGUUUACGACCGCCUGAUGACCGUAGGACACGACUAUGGCGCCCGUGAUGUAGGUACACUAACCCAAAGGUUUUUAAGGAUAGACAAAUUUAUACCGUUUUGGGGGGACGAACUGACGAGCAUGAGUACCCCGUUUGAAGCUGGCGUCUUUUACUCGAUCUCGCAAUUAAAGAAAAAGGAAAACUUUCUUGGACGAGCGGCAUUGGAGCGACAGAAACGCGAUGGUCUGACUAAGCGGCUUGUGCUGUUCCACGUGGAAGACAUCGAUAUCGAUAAGGACGUAUGGCCUUGGGGUGGAGAACCCAUCUACAGGAACAAUGAGUUUUGCGGCACCGUUACUUCGGCAGGCUACGGUUUUGCGUCUCAAAAAUUGGUUUGCCUUGGAUAUAUCGGUCGACCAUCUAACAGCGAGUCCAGCGUGAUUACCACGGAGUUCAUAAUGGAUAAAAGUGCUGUGUACCAUAUCGACAUUGCUGGCGGAAAGUUUCGACUCACGCAACAUAUACACCCAAAGGCGGCUUCCACUAAAUCCAUGGAGGAAGGCGACCUGCGCAAAACGUAUCGUCCGACGGUUGUGAAAUUCAAAAAACAAUUUCAAGUCUGAAUACUGUGUACUUAAGUUGAACA